AAUAAAUAGAGAAGCAAGUCAUACUCACAAAAACUUUCAUUCAAACUCUCUGUUACUUCUUUUUUUUUUGUCCCCAAAAGAUUCUCCUCAUAGAUUUCAUCUAAAAUUCAGUAAACUCAUAUCUGCGGUUUCUUGCUUUUUUCUUUAAUUUUUAGCCAAACAAAAAAAAACCAUAAGCUGUUCGAAAAGUGGGAGAUGGAGAGCGAGAGAAUGUGGUGGAGGUCAUCAUCGUCGACGAAACUCCGAUCAAAUCUUGAGAGAUUUCUUUUAAGGAUCACUCCAAAGCCUCCUUCUUUCUCUUUAUCACAGAGCUGCGAGAACGAUUUGAACAGUUUUUGGAUCCAAGAGAGCAAAGAUGAGAUUGAAUGUUUCAAGCUUAGUGAUCUUUGGGACUGUCUUGAUGAGCUGAGCGCUUAUGGACUCGGAACAAAGGUUGAUUUAAACAAUGGUGAAUCCGUUAUGCAGUACUAUGUCCCCUAUCUAUCCGCCAUUCAACUCUAUACUAACAACAAAUCUUCACCCUUUUCCAGGAACCAGAGUGAUGUGGUUGAUUGUGAGAGUGAAUGUUGGAGUGAUGAUAGUGAGAUUGACAAGUUUUCAAGGUCACUGAGCAGUGGUUCUAGCAAAUUAUGGGAUUCUGUUUCUGAGGAUUCUGGUUAUGAAAUCGAUGGCGUUUCUUCGUUGAUGCGUGAUAAGCUCGGUUCCAUUGAUUUUCAGUACUUUGAAUCCGCUAGGCCGCACUUGCGGGUUCCUCUUACUACCAAGGUUAAAGAAUUGGCUGGGAAGUAUCCGGGACUUAUGACUCUAAGGAAUGUUGAUUUGUCUCCGGCAAGUUGGAUGGCCAUUGCUUGGUAUCCGAUCUACCAUAUUCCAUCUCGGAAGAUGGAUAAAGACUUAUCGACGUGUUUCUUGAGUUAUCACACGCUAUCUUCGGCUUUCCAAGGUAAUUUGGUAGAGGGAGACGAUGAAAUAAAUGAAACCAUGGAAGAAGAAACAUUGUGCUGUGAGGACGAAUCAAUGACCAAGAGGCUUCCUUUGCCUCCUUUUGGUUUAGUUUCCUACAAGUUGCAAGGAGAUUUGUGGGGGAAUCAAGAAUCAUGUGACCGCGAACGUCUACUUUAUCUCCGCAGUGCAGCGGAUUCGUGGCUGAAACAGCUUAAUGUUCAUGAUCACCAUGACCAUAUCUUCUUCUCCAUGAACAAGAGCUUGUAGGUUCAAUAAGACAAGACUGUUUUUUUUUUAAUCUGUUUUUAGUUGUUCUCGACUCUUAGGUAUAUAUAGCAACUCGCCAUAGUAGAGGUUUGUUUUGUGAGGGACUAUGGGAAUUGAAACUUGCGAGUUGUGUGAGUUGUGUCUCCUCAUGUUUUUUCUUGCUCUUUCUAGGAUCUGUUUUAUGUUUUCUGACCAAAUAACUUUGUUGUCGGAACAAAUCUUGUCAGAUGUUUUUUUUUUCUCUGUAGAUUGGUUCGUCGUUACAGACGAAGAAGGAUCGAAUACACUUUGCA